AUGAGUAAGUAUUGUCCAGAAUGUCAAGGAAUAAUUGAUAAUGAAGGAAUAUGUACAAAUUGUGGAUUAGUACUAUAUGAACAAGAAACAUAUGUUAAUGAUAUUAUUAGUACAGAAGGAAGAGUGUUUAAUGGACAACAAGAAAUAAUGAGUAAAGAAGAAAGAAAAGUAAAAAAAUUAGAGAGAUGUGUUGAACAAGUAAUUGAAAGAACUAAAAGUGAAAUUAAUAAGAAUGAUGUUUUAGGAUAUUUAAGAAGACUUGAAGAAAUUGGAUUACUUCAUGGAGGAAGAAAAGGAGAAAUUAUUGUAGCAGCGGUAGUUUAUUUAUUAAGUAGAGAAUAUUCAGACAAAAAAGAAAUAGGAAAUACUAAAGGACAAAUAACAUUUAUUGAAGUUGCUAAAGCAGUUAGAACGCCAGCAAGAGAAAUACUUAAAAUAGCAAGAGAAAUUAAAGAGAAAGAUGAAGAAAUGAAAGAAGUUGAUUUAACGAUGGAUAGUAGUUAUUGUAUUUAUUAUAUUGUUAAUGAAGUAACACCAGCAAAUGUUAGUAAAAAAGAAAAAGAAGAAAUCAUAGAUAUAAUGAAUAUAUGUCAAGGACUUAUUGAAGAAAGUGAAAGUCAAGCAGGAAGAAAAGUAAUGUCAGUAGUAGGAGGAAUAUAUGCUAUUGUAUGUGAAAGUUACCAUAUUAGAAUAGAUAGACAACGAUUAGCAAAUAAAUGUCAAGUAAAAAAUAGUACAAUUGAACAAAGAAUUAGAGAAAUAACAGAGCAAUUAGUAAAAAUUAGUCAUAAGAUGAGUGGAAGUGAAAAUAUUGGAAUAACUAAUUUACCUAGAUAUUUAACAUACAUUAUUGAAACAUGUGUUCCAUUUCUUGAAAGUAUUACUUGUUUUCCAUUAAUGGAACAUCCAAAACAAACAAAAAUGAAAGAACUUGCAAAAAAACGAACUGAACAAAUUGAAGAAAUUAAUAAAAUACUUCAAAAAUACCUAACAAUUCCACAUGAAAUUGAACAAAAGUUUACUCCAGAACAAAUGGUUAUAUCUAGAAUGAUUAAACAAGGUAUGAAUCAAAGUAUAAUUAUUUCAUGUAAAAGUAUUAAUGACUUACGAAGAGAAUUAAAUAUAUUUGAAAGAAGAACUCUUGAAAAAGGAAGAAUCCAAACCGAAUUAAAAAAGUUAAAUGAAGAAAUUAUCACUGAAGAUGAUGACUCUAUUAAUUCAUUUCAUUCUGAUGAACAACACACUGAAGAAAAAAAACCAAAAUUCUCUUCUUUUGACUAA